AUGUUCAAUCGAAAGAAACAACGACGACAGGCAGCCGCAGGUGUCGUUCAGUCCAUGAUUGGAGGCAACCACCUUCCUACUAACAAUCACGCUUCCGCUGCUGCCGCCAAGGAAGCAUCGGCACGAAAAUCGACCGCCCAACCGCGGCCGGAUAUUGUCAUUCCUCCUCGGGGGAUUGGACCCAUUGCAGAUCCCAAUGACAAUGACGUCCUGUGUGGACGAGGGGGUCGCAUCAAUUCCCACGUGGGCAAUCGACAAUUUCGGGAGAUUAUUGCGAGCCAUAAAAAAGAUUAUCUGGCGCCCACCACCAAGAAAUUGGAAAAGGCCCACAUUGCGGCAGCCAUUGUCAAUGACAUUCGAUCCAUGCAACCAGCCGGGAGAUUUUUAAAGGAAGAUGGAAAGUCGGGAAUGUGGUACGAUAUUGGCGAUGCAAAGGCAAUCAAGAAAACGGGACAAGCGCUCCGAGAGGAUGCUCCGGACAUACGGCCCGAGAUUGAUGGCGAGUCUGUGGUUACAGAAACAGCUCCAGCAGCAACAACUGCAACAACAACAACAACAACAACAGCUUCCAAAUCACCCAGCAGCAGCAAGCCAACACAAAAGUCUCCCAUUGUUCCCAAAAUGGUCAAUGGGGCUGCUGCGUCAUCCCCAAGUCCAUCACCACGAAAUUGUAGUAGUAGUAGUACCAGGACUACUAGUGGCACCGCAUUUGAUGCUCAUGGUCCACAAUUGCUGCCAGAGGGAAGAAGGAACACUGUCGAUCAACAAGGUCGUGCUGCCAUGCCUCCUCCCUUUCAUCAAUUCAAUCCACCACAACAAGCGAAUAAUCCAUACCUCAAGCAUUAUUCACAAGGAACAUCAGGACCACCACAAACAUAUUCGGGAUCCUUUCCAGCCCGCAGCAUUCCCAUUCAAGCACCCCAAAGUGUCUCGGCCGAUUACAUUCAUGAGGUCCAACAACAGCAAGCCUUGCUUUUGCCUCAUGUGGAAGAAAACGCCUUUGGACGACCCUUUCAUCCUCCGGAAUCGGCCAUUGGAUCGGAAGGGACCAUGAGUUCCAUUUCCGGUCUCACGGAUCCCGUACGAUCCACAAUGUCGGGAAGUGGAAUGAAUGGAGGAGGAACUAAUAGUACAAGGUCUCCAGCACGCGUUACUUCUGGAUUUGCGAAUGGCAAUGGGAACAAUGGCGGUAGCAGACAUUAUCAAUAUGCUGGGGCACAUCCAUAUGCUGCUGCUAGUGCUCAUCAUCAUCAUCAUCAUCAUCCAUAUGCGCCACGCAGCAGCAGCAAUUCCGGAUUCCAACCGCCGCAACAACAACAACAACAACAUCAUCAUCCUGCUGCUGCUGCUGCAGAAUAUCAUCAACAAUCGAAACAUCAGAAUAGCAGCAGCAACAACAGCUUUAGCCAUGCUCGAUUCAAUGAUGUGAAUUCCUACAUGCAAAUGUCACUGGGUGGGGAGACAUGUCCAUGGGGGUGGAUCGUCUGUGGCGGGGGUGGAUCCUCCAUUGCCAGGUCCCCGAGUUUCCCGGCACGGGAGCGAUUCGUAUUUCAAAGGCAUGGGCAGCAUGGCGGACAGCAUCAGCAGUGA